UGUUCAGGCGGUGAACGUCCUAAUUUACGAGUUUAAAUUUGGGACGUAAAGGCAGCAUGAGUCCAGCCAGCAAAGAAUCAACGAAACGCUGAACGAACAAGAAAGCUUCUGCAUCUCCACCAGAAAACUACGAAAUAUUUUGAGGUUUAAAGCUUUGACCUCCUGUGACCUCUGAUCUCAUAUCAUGGCAUCCACGUCGGUCACCAAAAUCGGUGGAGUGGUAGUCGUCACUCAGGUCCUUCCUCAGGAUGAAACCUCCAUCCCGCUCCAGGCUGCUGCUGCUGUCACACAAGCCCCGCCCCCAGCGAAACAGGCCCCGCCCCCAGCGAAACAGGCCCCGCCCCAAGCGAAACAGGGCCCACCCAGCGCCAACACCAAGAUGGACGACAUGACUGCCGCCUUCCUGCGGGGGGAGCCACAGAGCCUCGGGGUUGUUCAGAUCUUCAUCGGUGUGCUGUGUAUUCUGUUCAGUCUGACCGCCGCCUGCUCGCAGAUCCUGAUCCUUCACGCUCCGUUCUGCCUCGCCGUCGCCUUUGUGAUCUCAGGUUCUCUGGCUGUGGCGGCCGCGAGACGGACUUCAGUCAGACUGGUCUGGGCGUCUCUGGUGUGGAACGCGAUCAGCGUCGUGCUGGGCCUGGUGGGCGUGGCUCACCUCUGCUGGCUGUUGGCUGAUCAGUCCCCCUCCAAACGAUUCUGUGGAAGUGAAACCUGGGGGGGCGUCGUGCCCACGGAUGAGGAGAGGAUGAAGUGCGUCGAUAACAUGUGGAUUCUGAAUGUGUCUGUGUACGGACUUCUCGGCCUCCUCCUGGUUCUGCUCGUCCUGCAUGUCUGCGUCGCUGUCACCGUCUGUGUUUUCUCUGCUAAAGCCGUGAGACGCCACAGCCGCUACACCCGCAUCACGGUGGAGGUCGAUGAUAACUUUUCAGCGUCUGCACAUGACUCUGAUGUCGCCCUGUUGGGCAGCGAUGGCGAGGAAACCUCCACAUCGGCUCCAAACUCACCCGCUGCAUUGUGGGUCGUUCAGGGCUGAUCUGCUGGUGGUUGAGUUAAAAUGUGGCAUCAAAUGAAUACACACUGAAAGUGAAGACUGACUGGCUGACACAAACUGAAUGAACUCAUGAGAUGACGAUGUUUGCACUUUUAUUCUCUCUGUUUGUGCUUGUAUUCAAUAAAUGAGUUUUUUCACUGUCGUCUGAAGAACA